UUGAAGCUUUCAUUUUUGUUUCUAGUGUCUGAGGUUAGGUUUGUGGAGCGUGCAAACAGACUGACUAGAAACCUCACUGAGCUACAGCGGAGGUCACAGUUUCUAGAGGAGAAAAUGAAGGAGUUGAGCAGCCGUGUGAGGAAACAGGUGGAGGAGUAGUAUCGAACGGAGGUGGACAUAGACAUGAAGCUGAGAACCUGCCAGGGAGCCUGUCGGGAGCCGCUGCUUUACACUGUCGAUCAUCACAGCUACCAGACGCUUCAGACCAACCUUGGCUUCACUGACAAAACCAUGAAACACAGAAUCAAACCGGUCAGGCCCCGCCCAAACAUUCCCCAAGUCAAGCUGCAGCGGGCCAACGUCGGCUCCCGACUGUCCGCAGAAUACAAGCAGAUCCCGAUGGUCCGGAAGGAACUGCUGUUGCAUUUUGAAGACAUUGAGCUGAAUCAUGUGGUGCUGGUGGAGGAUCAGUCUGCUGAGGUGAAAGGUCCAACACAGAAGAGCGACCUCCUCGGGACAAGACUCGGCAGUACAUCUACACCUUAUGGAGAGAGACAUUCUUAUGAGGACUAGAAUGUUCAUAUAUUUGGGACAAAGAAGAUUGAGAAGAUAGUUUGAGAGGGGUGUGAAGGAAGUCAUCUAUAAUAAAAAAAGAAAAACCAACCUUAAACAGAGGGGUGGACUCCAAAUGAGUUUCAAUACAGCAAUAUAGUUUAUUCCUUCCCGCUAUCAUUGCUGCCCCACCCCCACGCAGGGGAGCAGAGCACCUCUUUGUUCAGCCAUGCCAACAAUUCCAUCUAACGACCCCCCUUCCUUUCAAAGAUAUGGACAGGUAUUGGGUAUUGCAGGCUAACAAAGAACCCAAAGACUGCCCAUUCCCAUGGGGCAGACCCGUUCGUCCGUUUCAAUUUGCAUGACGUUUAACUUCUUGUUUUGGUUUAGAAAACAACAAACAAGGUUC